AUGGGUUUUCCAUGGCAGAUAUCUAUCCGAUGGCAUUGUGGAUCUGAUGACACUAUGGAUCGUCUUAAGGCUCAUCUUGUUGCAAAGGGACACACACAACAACUGGGCCUUGACUUCACUGAUACUUUUAGUCCUGUUGUCAAGGCUUCCACACUUUGUCGGGCCUUCUAUGGUCUCAAGCUAGCUCCACGUGCUUGGUUCCAUCACUUUAUCUCUUUUCUCUUGGCUAUUGGCUUCAUUUGUAGUUGUGCUGACUCAUCUUUAUUUGUUCUUUCCAAGGGUGCUGACUUAAUCUAUUUAUUACUCUAUGUUGACAACAUUGUCAUGACUGGCAGCAAUUCGACACUCCUCGAUGGAUUUAUUAGCAAGCUGACUCAUGAAUUUGCCACCAAGGACCUUAGAUCUUUUAACUAUUUUUUGGGCUUGGAAGCUCAUAGCACGUCUAUUGGUCUUUUUCUUAGCCAAGCCAAGUACGCCCAUGAGAUCUUACAAUGUGCACAGUUAGUUGACUCCAAACCAAUGGGUACUCCCAUGGUGGUCGCUCAGCACCUUUCCACAGUUGGCCCAGAUUUUGAUGAUCCAUCCCUCUAUCGAUCGCUCAUAGGUGCCCUUCAAUAUCUCACAAUCACUCGUCCGGAUUUUACUCAUGUUGUACGUGUUGUCAGUCAGUUCAUGCAUAAGCCGUCUAUUUUUCAUUUUCAGACUGUUAAAAGAAUACUACGCUACGUUAAGGAGAUUUUUCGGUUUGGUUUAUCCUUCACUCCAUCUUCUUCUAGAGAACUCAUUGCUUAUUCAGAUGCCGAUUGGGCUGGGUGUCCCGAUACGCAUCGCUUAAUUUCUGGUUAUGCCAUUUAUUUUGGUGGUAAUCCAGUGUCCUAG